CAGACGUAGACGCACCUUUGUUAUUAAUUUGUUAUUAAUUGACUCCAAGAAUCCAAACUUUCCCCGAAGACGAUCGUCGUCGGCAGAGUUACCGUGCGUCCUUUGGAUUCUAAUUCGGUUCUAUAGCUUUGAACGAUGUUAGCUCUUACGUUUAUGCUAUUGCUUGUGGUUGAGUUGGGAUGGGCCACCCAGUGUGACAAGAGGUCUGGACCCGCUGGAACUGUUGAUUGCAUUCAAAUAUACCGCUACAAUAACGAAUACCAGUGGGCGACGUGCUUGACGGAUGCAUACAUCAAGCAAAAGAGCAACCAAAAACACCGGUGUAUAGACCGAUCUGCAACUUAUUGCUGGUACCAGUGUAUGAUUGAAGUGCAUAACAAGAACUAUGGAUCAGUGACUGGUGAUUGUUCCUGUAAUCCUAGCAAUCCAACCUCUUAUCCAAACACUCUCACACCUACCACAUUACUGCCUCCAGAGUGCUAUAGUCCACCAGGGGAUUCCUGUGAUUGGUAUCGCAACUGCCUGGAGAGGAAGUAUCCCUGUGAAGCUACAAGUAAUGGAUAUGCAAUCAAAUACGCUGAACAUUUUUGCAAGCUGUAUGACCAAAACUUUGCAAAGUUCAGUCAAAUCGGGCAAAACUGGGUUAACGGAGUUCGUAAAUGCCUCCAAGUCUCACUGGUGCCACUAUUGCGGCCAUGGGUCGAUCCAACCUGUAAGGAGAUUCGAGAAAGAGCGUUUGCCUCUCAUACACCAUGUUACCUGAAUCCAGGAAAUGGUGCGCCGUCCGUCUGUGAUCUUGACUGCUCCGAUUACCUCCAGAUAUUUUGGACCAUCAAGGGUUCCUUUGUCAAAGUCGACACACUCUGGGAAUCUCUCAAGGGAAUGUGGAACAUAGGAGAGAAAUGUGGAUUGUCUGCUAACAUCAAAAAGUGCUACAGAGAGCUGAAAGAUGGCCCAGUCAGAGUGAUCAAGCUGAAGAUUAAAAAGUUUUUGCUGCGAUCGAGGCGCUCAACUGAUAAUCUUCCUGAGUCUGAUGCUCAAAGUCGAUUCGCAGACGGUGUUGGCUCAGCCAUUGCGAGUGCCUUGAAGUGGAACUCAGAUGUAAUGGACUGGCUCGCCUAUACUGGGAGAGUUGAAGAUACAGAAAACCUGGAAAUUGUCGUCUUAUUAGCUGAUAAGAAAGCCCUGGGUAUCGCCAUUACAUCCACUCCAUCCGUCAACUUCAACCAGACCAUCCAAGAGUUUGCUUCAGCUGUAAAACAGGGAGCGCUACCUUUGAAAGUAGAUGGACACAAUGUUUGGGUGAAGAGCUUAGCCUCGUGUUCUGAUAAAGCCUGCAACAGCACCCAGACACUGGCAGUGUCAGACAAGCCUCCAAACUGGAAUGGUGCUGCUGAGAUCUCAGGUGGUAAAGUUGUCUUGUGUGGAACCAUCGCUGUGUUGGUCAUGAUGAUGGACAAACUGCUUUACUAAAAAGAUACUCGCAUUUGUCAAGAAGGUAGAUUUAGUUUUUCUGUUUAUUGAGCUACAUAGAUUUAUCAUGCGUAACAGUUGAUUUAUUGGUCUGUCUCACCCUGGGUUUUGUGCUUGAUGCCUUCGAGCUGAAACAUUUCGAGUCCCUACCUGCUGCAAAAAGCUUCACUAAAACGUACACCUCGCUAGUUUUACUCUUGCAAUGCUUGCGACAAUCAUGGCGAUUUUUAGCUUUAGCAUGUUAGGCGUGGUCAUGGUACUGAACCCUUCAGACAACAUUCCCGCACCAUCAUUGAAUCAAAAACCAGGACCUGAAUCACGAAUCAAUUCUGGACCACAAAAUAGCUGCUGUUUUUCAAAGCUUACGAAAAAGAGCAUUUCAAAUAUUGUGGUAAACCACCGAGUUGCAUUGUUUUGUAGGUUUCAAUCAGUCUGUCGGUGUUAUUUUUACCAUAAACAGGCUUCAGUGUGUAACAGGCCCUUAAAUUAACUGUGAGUUAUCCGAAGCCGUAGGAUAUAGAGGAUAAAAUAGCCAAGUAAAUAAUCUCAUUUAAUUUCAUUGCAUGGUAGUUAAACUAAUAUUACGCGUUGCUAAAGGAAGAGUAGAAUCUAUUUGCCCAGUAGAUGUGAGACGUUUCAUGAGAGGUUACUCACAAGUUACAAUAGCCUAUGUCUGAUUAUUAGAUGAAAUCAUUGUGUCUUAUAGUAUAGUGUCUCUCUCCAUUGGAAGGAUAAAUAGAGAUGGCACUUCUUUGAAGUGAUAUAACCUACUUAUACCUGAUUACACGCAUAUAGUCGGUAUUUUCCGUCUAAGUUGCUUUUUUAGAUCUUUUGUCUCAGUUUAGAACUGU